AAACAAAAAAUGUCAAUAAAGAAGAACAAAACCCCAAAUAAUGUUGAUCAAACUCCCAUUUGGGCAACUACAUUCUCUACGUUGCGCGGGAAUCAGCUUGAAAAUGCCCAUCACAAGAUUUUCUUCGAAGAACCUUCCCAUCAAUCCUAAGCAAGAAACCCAAAGUUUAAAGGCACUCCCACCACAUCAAGUUUCUGAAUUGAAAACCACAGUUUCUGGUUCAGAAACUCAGGUUUUUGUUAGGAAAAAGAGGGUGAAAAGAGAGGUUAGUGAAGAGCAAGAAACAGAUAGUAGCCAUGGAAAUAGAAUUUCUGGUCUGCCUGAUAUUGAAGAUUUCACCUUUCAAAAGGGCAAUCCAUCAUCAUCUACAAAAGGGAAGUCAGAACCUGUUUCUCCAGCACAUCCAAUAGGAGCUGGGGUUGUUUCUACCAUGAAGCAUGAAGGGAAGUCAGAACCUGUUUCUCCAGCACAUCCAAUAGGAGCUGGGGUUGUUUCUACCAUGAAGCGUGAAGGACCAUUUGUUUCAGGCGAGCCUCCAGAAAAUUGGGUGAAGGUUCUCGAAGGGAUCCGGGACAUGCGAUCUUCUGAAGAUGCACCAGUAGACUCUGUUGGAUGUGAGAAGGCUGGAAGUACUCUUCCCCCGAAGGAAAGAAGAUUUGCAGUAUUAAUUGGAACACUUCUUUCAAGCCAAACCAAGGAUCAUGUCACUCACGGGGCAGUCGAGCGUCUCUUGCAAAAUGGACUUCUCGAUCCUUAUUCCAUUGAGAAGGCUGAUGAAGAGACCAUCAAGAACUUGAUCUACCCGGUGGGAUUUUACACCAGGAAGGCCAGUAACGUAAAAAAAGUCGCUAACAUCUGUAUAUUGAAGUAUAAUGGAGAUAUUCCAAGCUCACUGGAGGAACUACUCGAACUCCCUGGGAUAGGUCCAAAAAUUGCCCAUCUGGUGUUGCACAUUGCCUGGAAUGAUGUUCAAGGUAUAUGUGUUGAUACUCAUGUCCAUCGCAUCUGCAACAGGCUAGGAUGGGUGUCACGAGCUGGCAUCAGUCAUAUAAACUCUCCACAGAAAACUAAAUUACCAGAGGAAACUCGAGUGGCACUGCAGAAGUGGCUUCCCAAGGAAGAAUGGGUUUCAAUUAACCCACUUUUGGUAGGGUUUGGGCAGACCAUAUGCACACCACUGAGACCACGAUGUGGUGUCUGCAAGAUUAAUAGCCUCUGCCCAUCUGCUUUCAAGGAGGCCCCUAGCCCGUCAUCCAAAUCAAAGAAACCAGCACGUGAAAAACUUUAGUAGCAGUAAAAACUCAUGUGGAUGUCAUGAAAAUCAUUUUAGUUAUUGCUACCAAGAUCUAAGCUUGUCUAAUGUUUUGAAAGAGGGGACGAAGCACUGUAAUCUGUAGCUGUUUAUGCUCAACGCCUCAAGUGGCAAAAAUAUCAGUUUGGAUGUAAUUUUUGACUUUCUAGGCUGUAAAUGCCCUUGUUUGUGAUUAUAGGAGACAAUUAUGGAUAUCGAUAUCAAUUUAUCCAAUGAUAUAUUCGUUCCAAGUA